AUGGACAGUCAAACUCGCGGCCACACAACGAUACAGGCUAAAGACGAACUGGUUCAAGGGAAAGAAGCGGGACCAAUAUUAGCCGAGAUUCAGAACAAACAACCUUCAUCUCUGGAAGACAAGUUGAAUGAAGAGACUGCGGCGCCCAAAGACAUUUCUGGCUCCUCUCCAUUUUCGCUCUCUUCUCCCAUUCAUGUGGAUGGCGGUCUGAAUCAGGAAAACACUCUAGCCACACAAGGCUGCUCACAACCGCAGAUUUGUCUUGUGGAUGAUUUAUCAGCUGCAACUCCAACUGGCAGCGAUAAGCUAUCCCCAUUGGAAGUCACUUUCAGUCCCACUAGAGGAAGUCAAAACCAAAAGUCUACGUCAACCACCGAAACCCAAGAUUCUUCCCCGGCUUACCAAUCUUCUGUGCAAGAUAAUUUCCUAGAUACAAACGAUUCCUUGUUAGAAGAUCCAGCACUACAAGAAAUCCAAGAAUUUAACACAACCGCUAAUCUCGAGACUAGUCAAAUUGUCGAUAUUUCAGACAGCCCCCUCAAUGGAGAAGAGAACACGCCGGCUGAACUUGAGACGGACGAAUCACGACAUACUCCCAACGUUGCGUAUGACAUCCCCAACGGGGAAAAUCCGAUUCCUCUUUUUAAUCCUUCCAGCCCUAGUCCCCUUGCGAAAUACGACGUUUCCGAUUCACAGAGGUGUAGAACAGUGGGAUCCCCAAAACAUCAGGCUUUAUCCCAUUGUAUGCAAGCAACCAGUGUGCUACCAUCAUCAACUCCCGCUUUCUGCCGCCAAGAUUCGAAUGAGGGCGGUAUGAAUGAUUCAAGGUCCCUCGAAACUGUGCAAAUGCCUUCAAAAUGUGGCACUAUUGUUCCAACUAAAGCCCCCUCUCCUCAACAACAGAAUAAAACACCUACACCAAAUCGGCUGGCGGCUCAACAGUUGCACACUAGUCGCAAAGAGGUCCGCAAGUUGCAAUACGCCAAGAAGCUUGGCAUUCACUUGACCGAGCUGGAUCCCUAUGACUUGUACUCAGAUCCAAUAUGGUUAGGAGAUAUCCUGGUUGAACUGACCGGGGGUGAACUACAGUCACGUCUAGAAAGUCAGAAAGAAGUGUUGCUUGAGCUGAUUGGAAAUACAAGAAUGGAGUUCGGCUGGUAUGCCAAGGAGAUGCUCGACACAAUCACUUUGAACUUCUUGAAAACCGUCAGUGCAGAGAAGGAAACCCAAGAAAAAACCCGGUUUUUGUUUGUUGAUGGGGGCAAAUGGGCUUUCCUUCAAGAUGCUAUAGCGGAUACCAAGCAAUUUGGAGCAAUAUUACGCCGAUGUCCCCGACUGCUCCAAAUUUCAGAUACACAUCCUUAUUUCAAUAAUAAUACCCUCAAGAUCGAUGUUCUAUCUAAACCAAUUGAUGUGAAAUUGGGAGGGGAUAUCAGAUCGGGAAGCUGGUUUUCGCUCAAUUUUCUGACGUGUGGCACCUCAACCUCAUCUUGGCCAGACCCCAAGUCAGACUUCGCUCGUAAGAUGGAAAGUAGUAUCAGCCAAUUGAUUCAAACCGCCCGAGACUCAGUGUGUGCGCUACACAAGAAAGUGCGGCCUUCGGGACCAGACAAAUCACAAGUGGAGAAAGAAAAGGAAACGAACGGUCGAUCAGCUGCGAAGGACUAUCUUGUACUGAAGCUGACUGCAAUGGGAGCUUGCAUGAAGAAUACGGCUGAGACGUCGCACCACGAAGGGCUGUCCCAUCUUUUGCAAAAGAUAUUUGAAAUGUUCUUAGGAGUUGUGAUGAUCUAUAAAGGUUAUGCAUGCAUAAAUCUUGAGAAGAACGGGGCGGCGAAAUCGGAUAAGCUUUACAAACGUGGGGGAGCUAUGUUACGUGACACGUUAAAUCAUAAUAAUUGGACGACUGAGGGCCAAUACGAAGCCGAGGUCCAAGGCCAUGAGGAAAAAAGCAAGGAUUGUACGGAGUUGAAACAGCGAAGCAUUGGCGCCUUGGUCCUUUUCUUGAAUUUUGGGAUACAGGGGUGGUUUGGUUGUUUCAAAAACCAGAAAAAAUAUACUUAUCGGGAUAUUUAUUCAUUGAUGACGCUGGCGCACGAUAUGUCUCUCAAGGGUAUCAGCAUAAUCUCGAAUCAAACCAGACCCGGUACACAUACUCCAUGGCGCCACAUGAACAGAUUCCUUGCUGAGACCUUUGCUUCGGCGGGAAUAGGUUGUGAUAAUAUCAACUGGUACAAAGCACUAGUAGUCUGGGAUUCAAUACUGGACAAAGCGUUUGGGUAA